CUUCCGUUUGCAGUUCCGUACUUCAGAAUGCGCUCUGUGUGAGAAUUCCGCCUUUAUAUUCCUGCACAUCAUACAGCUUUCAAAUGUCUUCCGACGCACUCAAAAAGCGAAAAGCGAAGGUUCUUCGCAACGAAGCAGGAAAUCCAGAGGUGAAGCGAGGCAGAGGUGACGGAGAUCAGCAGGAUGUACGUGUCUACAAUGAGGAGGUGGAACUGGAUGGCCGGGACCCUGAGGACGACUUCCUCCAGUUUAAAGAAUCCUGUGACGGUUUGGCCACACUGAUGGGUGAAAUACAGAAGCUCAAAGCCAGUGGGGCAAAGGAAGGGUGCGCUGAAGUUGAGCGGAAACGCUUGGAGAGUUGCAACCACUUUAUGACUCUGAAAAAACUCAACCGUCUGGCUCACAUGCGUCUCAAAAGAGGCAGAGAUCAGACACAUGAGGCAAAGCAGAAAGUGGAUGUGCUUCACCUCCAGUUGCAGAAUCUUCUGUAUGAAGUCCUGCAUCUUCAGAAGGAAAUCAGCAAAUGUUUGGAGUUCAAGUCUAAGCAUGAGGAAAUAGAACUCGUGACCGAGGAAGAGUUUUACAAGGAUGCACCGCAGGAAAUUUCCAGGCCGCAACUCACUAAAAAUGAUCCGCACCAGCUCACACUGGCACGGUUAGACUGGGAGCUUGAACAGAGAAAAAGGUUGGCCGAGACAUACAAAGAGUCUCAGGCCACCAAAGAGAAGAUCCAGAAGAGUAUUGAGGUUAAGAAGGAACAACUGACGAGUUUGCAGCCUGGCCUGAAUGCCAUCAUGCAGGCCUCCCUCCCGGUGCAAGAGUACCUUGCCGUGCCUGUUGAACAGACCCAGAAGCACACCGAGGUUGCUCAGCACUUGCCACCACCCCUCUACGUCCUUUUUGUUCAAGCCAACGCAUACGGACAAGCAUGCGACAAGAACUUGUGUGUAACAAUCAGCGGGGACGUGGAUGAGGCCAAGGCUAUGUCCAAACCUCCAGAGGAUUCUCAAGAUGAUGACAGUGACUCAGACGCAGAGGAGGAGCAGGAAAAAACGAAGAGGAGACGGUCAACUGCAGGCGGCCACCUGGAUGACAAAAGACGAGAGAUGCUCAAGAGGCACCCACUGUCCCUCUCUUUUGACCUGAAAUGUAAAGAUGGCAGCGUCCUCAAUCUGUACUUCUACUACCUGAUAAAUCUCAACAUCAUGACAGUCAAAGCUAAGAUUUCUGCAGCCACAGACCUCACCACAGCCAUCAGUGCAGGGGCACUGGUCGAAUCCGAGACCCUUCUCAGCUGUUUGUACUCCAACGAUCAUGGAAGAGAAACACCCAAUCCAGCCAACCGUUAUCAGUUUGAUAAAGUCGGUAUUGUUUCUUUUGUCGACUACGUGGAGGAGCUGGGUCAUCCCUACAAGUGGGUACAGAAUCUUGGAGGGCUGCAUUUUCCCAGUGAUACCUCAGAUGGUGUGCUUGUGGGCAGCUCUUUGAGCGCGAGCCAUAUGGAGAACACCAUGAAGCUUCUGAGGGGGCGGGUCCUGUCCCGCUUGGCUCUACAUAAGCAGUUUGCUUCAUUAGAGCACAACAUCAUCCCCGUCACCAGUGAGUGUUUGCACAUCUUUCCAGCUAAGAUUAUUUCCCGGUUAGCUCAAUGGACCACCAUCACCCACGAGGAGUACAUGGACCUGACCUUUACACGCCAUGUGACUGAUGCUGGUCUGGCAAAAGAGACUGACAUGUACUUUCUUGGAGUUGUUGAGCGGGGCACUGCUCGCCUGCAGGCUGCGGUGGUGCUGAAUCCCCGGUACCCAGAAAUCUCUCCUCUUUUCUCACUCUCUCUCAACUGGAAGGGGGAGCGCAGCGGACGCGCUGAUGACAACCUUCGGGCCAUGGAGAGUGAGGUGAACGUGUUCAAAAACGAACUGCAGGGGCCACGUCCAGGCUACCAGCUCUUGACCAAUCAGAUUUCACGCCUGUGUGUCUGUCUGGAUGUCUAUUUGGAGACUGAAGAACAGGAUGAUGGUGUGGAAGGACCACGGGAGUUCCCCCGCGAAAAGAUGUGCCUGCGUACUGUCAAGGGUCCAAAUCGUCUGAAGCCAUUCAAAUACAACCACCCUCUGGGCCUCUUCAGUCAUCGCUAAAAUUUGACUUGUGAUUCAUUUGACAAAUUUUAACUCAUGUUUGAUUUGAAGCAUUUUAGACAAGCUGUAGACAUAUAAAAUAAUCAUAUGAGUUGAAAAUAAACUGAUCCCUUAUUUUCCUGAAAAAAGAAAA